GACGACUGCACAAUCCAUACCUCCAUUCACGUACGAGUCCUGUCAUGGUAAAGGUAAUCGUGACUGCGCUCGGCACUUUCCGGGGGUACUCCAACCCAACGAUGGCGCUGGCCGAGCACCUGCGAGAGGAUCCCCAUGUCGACGCUGCAUUUGUAAUUCAAAUAGCGGCGGAAGCUGUCCGUGAAACCAUGACACCCUUGUGGCAAGAUGCAAACGAGAAUGAAUCUGAAGCGACCGUGUUCUUGCACUUGGGAGAUAGUGAUGACGCCAAGCACAUUGUGCUGGAACAAUGCGCGUACAACGAGGCAACGUUUGACCUGGCAGACGAACGCGGGUGGGUUUGCCACAACGAGACCAUUCUCCAGGGUGAAGCGGACGUCUUGUCGACAACGCUGCCGUUGGAAAAGUAUGUGGCUCUUCACCAAGUCCAUGGCGUCCCAUGCAGGUUUGUCAUAUCAACCGACCCUGGACGAUACAUUUGCAACUACACGUACUUUCAUUCGCUCUCUCGCACGAGACUUCACGCGAACCAGGUGCGUUUGAACAAGCAUCGCACCAUUGUUUGAUCCUUUCUAGCAUGCGUUGUUCAUCCACGUUCCGUCUUUUGACGUGAUUAGCGAAAAGGAUCAAGUCGACAGCCUGCGGGCUUUGAUCGCCACGUUGCACUCCACGCUGUAGCUAAUCGUCGACAAGAAUUCGGAUUUGGAUCGGAUUGAC